GCCGGUAGUCUUGCGUCAUGCCCGUCUGUGUACACGAACGCGGAGCAGCUGAUCCCGAGGAGCGAGAAGCCUCGGGUGGAACUCAUCUGGAGAAAGUUCCUUAUUACAUAAUUUGCUGCGCAACUCACGGCCAAACUGUAACUGUUGCCUCAAAACUUGCAAUAGUUUGGAGAAAUAAUACAAAAUGUUUCAUCAAGGAAAAUGUAAACAUAUACAAAGACAUUCCUUCAGUAUAUAUAGAUGUGUUAAAUCCCUUUCUACAAGACAGAGGACUCAGUGCGAAUGUUUAAAUUCCAUAGAUACAAAAAAAUCAGAAAGUGAGUACAUGGAAAUAUCUUUUUCUCAGGAAAAAAGAGUACAACCAAUUUAUAGAGACACAGAAUUGAAAUGGGGUUUGCUCAAUGUAAAUACACUCAGAUUUCAACCCAGAAGAAUAACACAGAAAAUGUUAGGAGGAUUAUACACACAGCGACUCCAGAAUAAGCUGAAUGAUAUAUGGUAUCGAGAAUACUCAUCCACAUCAAGCACAGUGGGUGAAAGCCUGACACACUGGACUGCUAAACUGGAAGAUUCAGGUGUCCCAGAGAGCAGGCUUUCAGCAGAACAUAUUACUGCCCAUGUAAUGGGGAUGCCAAGGAGAAAGCUACUUGAAAAUUUAAGAACAUCAGUGUCUGAGGACUUGUACAGUGAAUUAGAUCGUUUGAUGACAUGCAGACUUGCAAGAAUGCCAGUUCAGUAUAUUGUCGGUGAGUGGGAUUUUCACAAUAUAACCUUGAAGAUGAGACCUCCAGUGUUCAUUCCCAGACCAGAAACUGAAAGCCUAGUUGAGAAAGCAUUAGAGCACCUGCAGGGAAUAUCAGCUCCGAAAGUUUUAGAAAUUGGCUGUGGUUCAGGUGCAAUCAGUCUUUCUCUUCUGAAAUGUAUGAAUGAGGUAAGUGGGAUUAUUUUGAUGUGUAAUUUAUUUUAAUGUCAUUGAUAGAAU